AUGUCUCAAGUUGAUUUAUCGGUACCUCGGACGAAGGCAAGCAAACAUCGCCCACAGUCUUUGAAAUUAAAGAAUCAUGACAGUGAUAAUUCAGAUCUUGCAUUGAGAAUAGUUAGUCCUGGCUUGCCUCCGCUAGACAAUGAAAUGAAAACAACAGUACAAAUUUCGCAGAAGAUAGAGCAGCAACAAAGAUCUUUGAUUGCAGCGAGACAUGAGAGAAAGCAAGGGCCGAUGUCACCAGAACAAAAUGACUCUGAUAAGUCCUCUGACGAAAGUGGAAAUGAGUCUAAUGAUCAACCUGCUAGUCAAAAUAGCACGGAAAUUCCUCAAUUAACAGAAGAAUCUGACACAGUAAUGACUCCUCUUUCAACGAAAAGGCUAAAGAGGGACAAUGUACCGACGCCUCUCAAUAUAUCUCAAUCGAAUAAGAACCCGGGUAUGAAACCUCUGAUUCAGUCUGCACCAAUAAAACAAGGUGGCUCAAUUUCGGGAGCUUCAAGUGCAGUGAAAUACACACUCUCUAAGACGCGUUACCAACCGCAAAUACAAAUGAGAACUCAGAAGAGUCAUGCAUAUCAAUAUCGACCAGUUCACAGGAGACGGUACAAUCCAUUGCCUCGUACUCAAGUAACUUAUCUGGCUUUUCCACCCGCCACUUCUGUCAUCCAUGGCUUUCCUCACCGAUACAAUUCGAUGGUUCCGUACACAACAAUAUCACCAUAUUUUCCAACGGCUGCGAGGAAUAACUUACAUCACUCAGGGUCUCUUGAGAAUUCAGCUCAUCCUCAUGCUCCAAAAGCUGAUUCUAAACGUGUAACUGGUCCUGUUACUGAUGUCUACCAUGGAGAUUAUACCAAAGCAGCACCACUUCAAUCUCAGCCUCUUUCAGCACAACGAGGUUUUUUUGACCAAAUGAAGAGUAAGCAAAAUGCAGAUGAAGAUAGACUACCUGCAUCUGAAGAUGAAAUGAAAGAGAUGUCCCAAAAAUACAUGGAAAGUAAAGAAGCACAGGAGGAUUCACAAUCGGAAGAAGAACUAAUGGAAGAAGAGAUUUUUGGAUCAAUUAACUUAAUGAAUGACAGUAUUUUUAAUUUCAAAAUUUUCAAGCAGCCUCAUUCAAGCCCGGGCUGUUCGAAAAAAGGACUUUCAGCAUCUCCGUCGUCGUCCUCGACUUCCUCUCAGCAAUCAUCCAAGGGAGACUGGCUCUCUAAAGAAAAGGAAAAGUUCUUGAAAAUUUGUGAGACGAGUUGGGAUGAAUUUGUAUCCAAUAGAUUUGAUAGUUGA